AAAUAAAUUAAAAAAAAAUUUGAUACUCAAAAUGCUUAAAUAUUUAACUAUAUUAAUUGUAGCGAUUAUUUUCGAAUAUGUUUCCGGACAUGGAAUGAUGGUUAAUCCUGCUGGGAGAAGUUCUGUAUGGAGAUUCUAUAGCGGUUACCCAGCUAAUUACAAUGAUAAUGCAAAUUAUUGUGGAGGAAGAGGAUUGUUCGUAUCUUCUGGAGGUCAAUGUGGUGUUUGCGGAGAUCCUUAUACAGACGCACAUCCCCAAGCGAACGAGAAUACUGGCAAGUUUGGAAAUGGUAAAAUCACAGGUACUUAUAGAUCAGGUCAAGUCAUUGAUGUCAGCAUAACAUUAACCGCUAAUCAUAUGGGUCAUUUCACUUAUAGUUUAUGCCCACUUUCUAAUCCUUCAACUUAUGAAUCGGGAGAAAAUUGUUUUAUCCCAUUAAAAUUAGAGGAUGGCACUGAUAAGCACUACAUCACCAGUUCUCAAUUUAAUAUUGUCUCACGUGUUAGAUUACCAGCUGGGUUAAGGUGCUCUAGAUGCACGUUAAGAUGGAAUUAUAAAGUUGCUAAUUCUUGGGGUUAUUGUGAAGAUGGUACAGGGAGAUUGGGAUGUGGACUUCAAGAAACCUUCCGCGCAUGUGCUGAUAUUUCUAUCAUAUAAAUAUUUAAUUCUGUACAAUAUUUAAAUAUAUUUGUUUAAAUAAACAAUUUUGCUUGAAAU